CUGCUCCAAUCCCUCCCUUUGACCCCCUUUUCUUGAAUGAGAAAAAAAAGUCAUGAAUGAACGUAAAAAUAAAGUGAGCACAGGGAGACAACAGUACGUGAACCCCUCCCAUAUGGCAAACAUACGUUUUCUCACUCAGCUCACUCUACACUCAUUCUCAACUCACUCUUUCUCCUUCAUCAUCUUUCACUUUUUCUUACCAAUUUCCCAUGAGUUUGCUUUCUCCAUCAUCAUCAUCAUCUUACUCUCCAUCUUUUUCCAGUGCCUUUUUGUCAACAAAAGUUUCAAUCAUGUUUUGUUCGCUUUUCAGUUUUCACUUGUAUUAAUACAAACACAGUAAUAACAAACACCACAAUACAGCACACAACACACCAACACUCAAGCACUUUUGUUUUUUUGUUUUGUUUAUUACCCAAAAAUAGUGAUUAACUUAUAACUCAUACACCAACAAAUCAAAGUCAAUUUUUUUAUCCAGUGCUGGUCAUUUCAAAGUCCAGUGUCCAGUGAAAUAUUUUUGUGUCUAUUAACUAUGAACCAAGCCAUUUGGAUAAACUUGAUUUAACGUUAUUUAACUCGUUGCGUUACUUUGGCCUUACAUCUAUUAUUGUUACCGAUAUUUAUCAAUUUAUUUUUUUGUUUCGUCGUUGACUCUUCAUCAUUCAAACGAUGAGAGCUUUAAAACCAGAGACUAUUGAAAGACCCACAAAUGGUUUAUCAAAUCGUCUUGUACUCAAAUCAGAUUUACCUGCUCAGGUUCCACCUCUUACACCAGGAACCAAUCAAAAGAUGAACCAAGCAUUGAUUGCAAGUUUCAGCAGUUUCCAAAGGGAACGAGAGUUUUGUAGCAUUCCAAAAGAUCCUCGUGAAUGGAGUCCAAAUGAUGUUCAACAUUGGUUAAAUUGGGCGAUGCGGGAAUUUAGUUUUGAAAGUAGUCAAACAUUUUAUCUCAAUAUGAAAGGUAAAGACGUUUGUAACCUGAGGAAGGAUGAAUUUUUGGCCUUAACACCGCCUUACAUGGGAGAGAUACUCUGGGAACAUUUAGAUAUACUCCUUAAAGAAGUUGAAGUCAAUAGUCGAACCAAUACAUUUGAAUUGAUAAACAAUUCAAACUUGUUAACAAACGGAAUAUCGACGUUGAAAUCAUCUUCCCCUUCAUGUUCAUCACCGCCACCAACAACGCCAAUCCAAGCAUCGCAAUCAGCGACAACACCAACCCCAACCUCGGUUAACCAAACAAAUGAUUCAUCCUUUUGUUUGCUUCACUUUGACAACUAUUUUCAUUCAGAUAUGAUUGAUAACCAUGUUGUCCAUGUAAACGAUUAUCACAAUCAACAUCACCUUAUCGGCGGAGGCGGAGGUCCAGUUGUUUACCCUGUACUAUCGCCACCUUCAUCAACCUCAUCUUCCUCUGAAAGAUGCUCUUCUGUUACUGGUCAUUCUCAUGUUCACCCAAUCAACCAACAUCACCCUUCCCAUGGAACCCACCAUCAUCUUCACCCCCAACAACAACAACAACAACAACACGGUCAACAUGGUCAACAUAGUCUCCAUCAAUUGGGCCAAUCACCGUCAACCCUUGACCCAGUAACGAUAACAACCAACCCAACUCCAUCAUCCUCUUCCCUGUCCUCUUCAUCCUCAACCUCGUCCGUUGCAUCACCUCUUUCAGUGGCAUCACCAUCACCUUCAUCAUCCCAUGUGAUUACCAACAUUGCCUCGCCUGUUGCCGUCUCAUCCAGCACAGCAACAACAACAUCAACAACGACAACAACCGCAUCAUCAACGUUAUCUUCCGCAUCCUCAACCUCCUCUUCAUCCUCAUCUUCACCUUCAUCAACCAACUCCACAGGUCCAAUAGCUUCUAUCGUGUCAAGUCAACAACAAGCAACAUCCACAUCUUCAUCCACAAGCUCAGGCUAUUUAGAAGACAUGGGUAACUUAACUUACAACCAUUUCACCGAGUCUAUGCACACACUAAGUGAUAUUGGCCAUGAUGAGAUGGGUCUAGUGGGUCAACAUUAUACUGAUGAUACCGGUGACUAUGGACAUGAAGGACCAACGGGUCCACAUGCUGCCUACCUAGACAAUGGGUCUGACUUUUAUCCAAGUGGACCAACGAUGCUCAGUGAAUCUAAAUAUACACCAACUUAUGUUUCACCCAAAUCAUCUUAUAUCAAUAAUCGAGAAUUCAUUUCAAAAUGUGCCUUCCCUCUAUUCCACCAAUGUCUCAACAUCUUAACCAUUCAACAAAACCAUCAUGGUCACCAUCCACAUCAUCAUCUUUCCUCUCCUCAACACCACCAACAACUUCAUUCAACUCAAGUCGCACAACAUCAACAACAACAACAACAACCACCACAACAACAACAAGCACAAGCACAACAACGCCAACAACAAGCACAACAGCCACAACAAACUCACCACCAUUCACAACCUCAACCUCAACAUUCACCUUACAAUGGAUUACACUCUCGUGACCAUUGUUUCAGUCAAUCUUCCUCAUCUUCUGGAUCUUUUCCCUCUUCCCUUUCCCCCUCUGGACGAAUAAUAACCAGUAACACUGACGGUAAACCAAUUAUACAAGCAACAAGUAUUGCAGGAACUGGACAAAUUCAAUUAUGGCAAUUUUUACUUGAACUGUUGUCCGAUAAAAGCUGCCAAAACUUCAUUACUUGGACAGGCGAUGGCUGGGAAUUCAAGUUGACUGAACCCGAUGAAGUUGCCCGACGUUGGGGACUUCGCAAGAACAAGCCCAAAAUGAAUUACGAAAAACUGAGUCGUGGUUUAAGGUACUAUUACGAUAAAAAUAUAAUCCAUAAAACGGCCGGUAAACGUUAUGUAUACAAGUUUGUCUGCGAUAUUCAAGAAAUGAUUCACCAGACGCCUCAUGAUUACCAGCAGUUGGUUGAUCUCAAAAAGGAGAAAAAAAUGGAAGAUUAGUUUCUUCUUUAGCUCUAGUUAAAGAUAAAUCGACGUUCAAUCGAUUGGACAGUCAAUAGUUACUUUUUUAAUUGGUGGCACUCGUCAAACAAAACUGAAUGCAAGCAAAAGUGCUCAAUCUUUUCUGAUUAUCCCGAGAAGAGAAAAAUCAUUUUCAAUUUCAAAUAUUCAUUCAAUGUACAUAAUUGAUAUGUGAUCAAACGACAUUAAAUUUUUAUUUCAAUCCAAAUGUAA